AGCAUUUCCGGGAGCGCUGUUAAGAUCCGGCCUGGGCGACCUGGCUUUAGUCCUCAGUAGGGGUGGCGGCAGCUUUGGCUCUUCAGCUCCGGGGGCGGACGGCCAGGAUGCGGCGCGGGUUUCUGCUCGGUGCCCGGCGCCUGUGGGCCCGCCGCGCCCUCAGCGGCGCGCCGCCGCCCGCCGAGGAGCUCUUCGCCCGCGGCGGGCCCCUGCGGGCCUUCCUGGAGCGCCGCGCGGGCUCGGAGGCCGGCGCGCUGCACGCCGGGGGACCCCAGCUGGCGGCGGCGGCCCGGCUGCUGAGCGAGAAGGAGCGGGAGCUGCGGGACACGGAAUCCCUGCUGCGCGAUGAGAAUGAAGAUUUAAAGAAACUUGCAGAGAGUGAAAUAGUUUUGUGUCAGAGAGAAAUAACUCAGCUGAAGCAUCAGAUCAUCUCACUUUUGGUUCCUUCAGAAGAAACAGAUGACAGUGACUUGAUCCUGGAGGUGACUGCGGGUGUGGGUGGUCAGGAAGCCAUGCUUUUCACUUCUGAGAUGUUUGACAUGUACCAGCAGUAUGCUGCAUUUAAAAGAUGGCAUUUUGAAACGCUGGAAUAUUUCCCAAGUGAACUAGGUGGCCUUAGACAUGCGUCAGCCAGCAUUGGAGGUUCAGAAGCCUACAAACACAUGAAAUUUGAGGGAGGAGUGCACAGAGUACAAAGAGUGCCAAAGACAGAGAAGCAAAGCCGCAUCCACACUAGCACCAUGACGGUGGCAAUUCUGCCCCAACCUGCUGAGAUUAAACUGGUGAUCCAUCCUAAAGAUUUGAGAAUUGAUACUAAGAGAGCAAGUGGAGCUGGCGGUCAGCAUGUAAACACCACAGACAGUGCUGUGAGGAUAGUGCAUCUUCCUACAGGUAUUAUUUCUGAAUGCCAGCAAGAGAGAUCUCAGCUGAAAAACAGAGAGCUGGCUAUGAAAAAGUUACGUGCAAGGUUAUACAGCAUGCAUCUGGAGGAAGAAAUGACUAAAAGAUACAAUGCUAGAAAGAUCCAGGUUGGAACUAAAGGAAGAUCAGAGAAAAUAAGAACAUACAACUUUCCACAGAACAGGGUCACAGAUCACAGAAUAAACAAAUCACUACAUGACCUUGAGAGCUUCAUGAAAGGAGACUGUCUUCUGGAUGACCUGAUACAGUCACUGAAGGACUAUGCAGACUAUGAAUCUCUACUAGAAAUGCUUUCCAGAAAAGACAAAGCUUUAUAAAGUCACUAUUAUUUUUUUUAUUAUUCCUUAUAUAGUCAAGUUGACAACCAGAAUAACCAUCAUAAUGGGUAACAGCUAACCAAGUCUACAGAAUUAACCAUUACGGUGUCCAGGAGUACUCCUAGAGGCUGUGCCAUGGAAAAGGAGAUAUGACUGUGCUAUCAUGCUUCCAGUCUUAUGUAAGACUGUUAGCAUGUAAGAGACAUGCUUAUCAUGCCUCUCACCACCUAGUACUGACAAGGUUCACAUACAAGCAGCAAAGAAAUGUAGAGAUUUUAAUAGUUAGAAUAUGUCUCCUCCAAAACCCAGGUGUUGCCACUGUGAUACUGUUAAGUAUGACGGCUUCACAACUAAGGUUUUAAGGGCCCCUUCUGAGUGGGGCUAAUGUCUGUGAACUGUCAAACACUGCUCACUUUCAAUAAGAUUUUCAUAUAUUUCCUGUCUGAAAUAAAUUGCAAGUAUGACA